GAGAGAAGUAAGUGUUCCUAUACCACAAGCCUGUGUUCCUCUCUCUGGAUGUGUGAGCUGCACAAUACCCUUGAGGCUGUCACAGACAAAAACAGAGAGAGAGAAAGAGAGAGAGAGAAAAAUAGAGAGAGGGAGGGCGACAGAGGAGAGGGCAGGAAAUAGACCUUGAAGAGAAACAGAGACUCUCUCACUCCCUCACACUCACUCACACACACACACGCACACGGAGGACUGAAGAGGACCGUAAAUUCUCCAGGUCUCUACUUUACGCUCAAGACAAAGCAACACGCGGUUCAACUUUAGAGCCUCUCCUGUGAAACCAGCACAAAUACACCGUCAACUGUUAGAAACCUUUACUACAGGGGAACUAGGAUGGAAAGCCUGGAUCAUUUUCAAACAAAGAAGACAAAGGACGAUCGUGGACUGUAUUGAUAAACAUUUUUUUUUACAAGAAAAUAGGAGAAGCGUUACUAUAAAGAACUCGCCACACAAGUGAAUUAUUAUAUUUUAUUAAAUCCUUCUUCUCUGCGACGACUUGACUGGAGAACGGUUACAGGAGUUAUUCUGAUUGUGAUUGGCUGAGUGGCUGGCUGCUAUCUGAGUAAGUACAACUCUCUGUCUCAGCCAGUUAGUCCUGCAGCCUCGGGGGCCGGGGUCCCGCCGGGAGGGUUUAGGGGGCAGGGGGAGGAUAGGAGGAAGCUGCAGCUUGGAUCCCCAAUACUUGGGGGAAGGAAAAGAUCCUCUUCCAACACCACCGUCACCAACAUGUCAACAAAAUGGGGUAGGAAACAUAAGUGAUCAUGACGAUUUUGGAACAAAAGCCUUGGAUGUUUUAACGGUUGUUCAGAGUUUAACACUGUGACAGUUUAGAGGAAUUUUGGGUUCUGCCUUUGUGUUGUGCCUCGCUGGGUAUUCAUGGUGGAUUGGGACCAAGAGCCGAGGGAAAAACAUUCAUCGUAUAAUUUUUACACAACCCACCGACACCCCCACGCUUUUCCCUUGUUUCCUCAACAACAUGAACAAUACCACCUUGCUGCCACUGGCCAUGUCGACAGACAACUACACCCUGAUGAAAUACGGUCUCGGAGGGAUUAUCAUGUCAACAAUCACCCCUUUGGGGUACCACCUCAACUCCUCUGUUCCCUCAGACGGUUCCAACUGCACCAAGAACGAUGGCUUUAAGUAUCCUCUCUACAGCACCGUGUUCAGCCUGGUGUUUGUGGUGGGCUUGAUCACUAACAUGGCAGCCAUGUAUAUAUUCACCUGUUCUCUCAAGUUGAGGAACGAGACGACCACCUACAUGAUCAACCUAGUAGUGUCAGAUCUUCUUUUCGUCUUCACACUGCCUCUCAGGGUCUUCUACUUCCUCAACCAGGACUGGCCGUUCGGCGGUGUACUCUGCAAGCUCUCUGUCUCGUUAUUUUAUACCAACAUGUACGGGAGUAUUUUAUUCCUCACCUGUAUUAGUGCGGAUCGUUUCCUCGCCAUCGUUCACCCGCUCAGGUCACGUGCGUUGAGGACAAAGAGGAACGCUAAGAUAGUGUGCGUGGCGGUCUGGGUUCUGGUGUUGGCGGGGAGUCUACCGACAGGGUUUAAACUGGAGACCACCUCACCACACAACAACCAUACCACCGCACGGUUCUGUUUCGAGAACUUCUCAUCCACGCAGUGGAAGUCCCACCUCUCCAAGGUGGUAAUCUUCAUCGAGACGGUGGGUUUUCUGAUCCCCCUGCUCCUCAACGUGGUAUGUUCCGUCAUGGUUCUCCAAACCCUGAGGAGACCGCAGACCAUCAGCCGUGGGGGGAAACUCAACAAAACCAAGAUCCUUCGCAUGAUCGUGGUGCAUCUCUUCAUUUUCUGCUUUUGUUUCAUCCCGUAUAACGUCAACCUGGUCUUCUACGCCUUGGUUCGAACUGGGACGCUGAAAGGCUGCGCUGUAGAGACCGUAGUCCGAACUAUCUAUCCCAUCGCUCUCUGUAUUGCUGUGUCUAACUGCUGUUUCGACCCGAUCAUCUACUACUUUACCUCGGAGACUAUCCAGAACUCUAUCAAGAGGAAGUCCACCAUCAGCCAGGCGUACGACAUUAAGUUCUCUGAGGCACUACAGAGUGAGACCAACUCAAACUUCCACUGCAGCCUGAGGACAAUAAAGGACAAGGUGUUUAACAACACUGAGUCUUCUGUGUGACACCUGGGGGGGGGGGACUGACUGACUGGUUAACUGGCUGGCUGAAUGGCAGGCUGGAUGACUGGUUAACUGACUGGCUGGCUGGUUAACUGACUGGCUGGCUGAAUGGCAGGCUUACUGGCUGACUGGAUGCCUGGUUGACUGGUUAACUGACUGGCUGGCUGGUUGACUGGUUAACUGACUGGCUGGCUGGUUGGCUGGAUAACUGACUGGCUGGCUGGUUGACUGGUUAACUGAGUGGAUGGCUGGUUGGUUGACUGGUUAACUGACUGGAUGGCUGGAUGACUGGUUAACUGACUGGAUGGCUGGUUGACUGGUUAACUGACUGGAUGGCUUGAUGACUGGUUAACUGAGUGGAUGGCUGGUUGGUUGACUGGUUAACUGACUGGCUGGCUGGUUGACUGGUUAACUGACUGGAUGGCUGGAUGACUGGUUAACUGACUGGAUGGCUGGUUAACUGACUGGAUGGCUGGAUGACUGGUUCACUGACUGGCUGGCUGGUUGACUGGUUCACUGACUGGCUGGCUGGUUAACUGACUGGCUGGCUGAAUGGAUGGCUGGUUGACUGGUUAACUGACUGGCUGGCUGGUUGACUGGUUAACUGACUGGAUGGCUGGUUGACUGGUUAACUGACUGGAUGGCUGGUUGACUGGUUAACUGACUGGAUGGCUGGAUGACUGGUUAACUGACUGGAUGGCUGGUUGACUGGUUAACUGACUGGCUGGCUGGAUGGCAGGCUUACUGGCUGACUGGAUGGCUGGUUGGCUGGCUGGUUGUCUGUCUGUCUGGCUAUACCACACAAUAGGGAUGUUGUAGAGACCGACUGGCUGGCUGCUAGCAGCAGCACACAGGGUCUCUAAAUGCUUACAUCUUUCUGUAGUUCUGGAUUUAAGACUUGCGAAUUUAAUUGCUACAUACAGACAUUACACACACAAUGGAUUAUCAUCAAACACAAUGGAUUAUCAUCAAACACAAUGGACUUUCAGCAAGCCUCCGGGAGACGUUGGAGACAUUGGAAGGGACUUGGAGGAGGAGCGCUGAGGCACCAGCAAGGAAUAAAGGACAUACUAAGGAUUUCAGUGUUUAUCUCAGGGCUGCAACAUGGACCAUGGACCAAGCCCCUGUGACUGUCCAUGCUAUAUCUACCAGACAGUCUACCCUACAGUUUGUCUUAUUUGAUCCCCUGUUAGUUAAUAUGUUAAUUUAAUAUAACUAACUAACAUUCCCUUGUGGAAUUACAACUGUUUUUGCACAAUAAUUGUGC